UUAAGAAACUGACCAGACCAAAACCCUGGAACACUGUGAAGAGCGACUCCAGGGUUUAAGCAAAAUGUUGCUCCGCUCAAUCCGAGCCACCGUGGCUGCCGCACGGGUUUUCUCUACUAAAGCGGGGGAGGUAAAAACUGGUAGCGGUGCCGCCACUGGAAAUGGUGGAGGCGGAGGUCGAGACACGCUGGGGCGGAGACUUCUGAGCCUGGUGUACACAAAACGCAGCGCGGCAAUUACCGUUCGGAAAUGGAAAGAAGAAGGUCACACGGUGCGCAAGUACGAGCUGAAUCGUAUCGUGCGAGAGCUCCGAAAGCUCAAGCGCUACAAACAUGCACUCGAGGUUUGUGAGUGGAUGACUUUACAGCAAGACAUUAAGCUAGUACCCGGUGAUUAUGCGGUCCACUUGGAUUUGAUUGCAAAAGUUCGUGGUUUAUCUAGUGCUGAAAUUUUUUUUGAGAAUCUUCCUGAUAAGAUGAGAGGUCAAGCCACUUGUUCAGCUCUGCUUCACACCUAUGCCCAAAACAAGUUGUCUGCCAAAGCCGAGGCUUUAAUGGCAAAAAUGGGAGAAUGUGGGUUCCUGAAAUGUCCCCUUCCGUAUAACCACAUGUUAUCCAUGUAUAUUUCUAAUGGGCAAGUGGAGAAGGUUCCUGAAGUUCUUCAGGAAUUAAAGAAAAACACUUUGCCUGAUGUUGUUACUUACAAUUUAUGGUUAACUGUAUGUGCUUCACAAAAUAAUAUUGAAACGGCUGAGAAGGUCUUUCUUGAGCUAAAGAAGGCAAAACUUGAUCCGGACUGGGUAACAUAUAGUGCAUUAACCAGCAUGUACAUAAAAAAUGAACUCCCUGAAAAGGCUGAGUCUACUUUGAAGGAAAUGGAGAAAAGAGCUUCUCGGAAAAAUCGAAUUGCUUAUUCAUCCCUCCUCAGUUUGCAUACUAACAUGGGGGAUAAGGAUGGAGUUCAGCGAAUCUGGAAGAAGAUGCAAUCAUUGUUUCGCAAAAUGAACGAUGCUGAGUAUACUUGCAUGAUAUCUUCGCUUGUGAAACUUGGGGAGCUCAAAAAAGCUGAGAAUCUCUAUAAUGAGUGGGAAUCCAGUUCAGGGACUGGUGAUGCUAGGGUUCCAAAUAUACUUCUUGCGGCUUAUAUCAACAAAAACCAGAUGGAAAAGGCGGACACAUUUUACAGUCGGAUGGUGCAGAAAGACAUCAAGCCUUGUUACACUACUUGGGAACUUCUUACAUGGGGUUAUUUAGAAAAGAGCCAUAUGAAAAAGGUUCUAGAUUGUUUCCAGAAAGCUAUUGGUAGCGUGAAAAAAUGGAAUCCCGACAAAAGGUUGGUUACAAAAGUAUUUAAGAAAAUUGAGGAGCAAGGAAACAUUGAAGCGGCGGAGCAAUUGCUGGUUAUUCUUCGAAAUGCUGGCUAUGUGACCACUGAGAUAUAUAAUUCAUUGCUAAGAACGUAUGAAAAAGCUGGUAAAAUGCCUCUUAUAGUUGCAGAGCGAAUGGAGAAGGACAAUGUUCAGUCAAAUGCAGAUACUCACAAGCUUAUUAAAACAACUAGCACAAUGCCAGUGACUGAAGUUUCAAGCAGCUUUCCUUGAGUAGAAUUCUACAAAAAUCUCUUCGAGCUCAAGAUGAGAGGAGGGUUUACUUUUUCAAGUCAACAUGAAGCAUUAGAUUUUUAUUAUUAUUAUUAUUAUAAAUUGUAUGUUCCAUUUUUCUUCUGCAGUUGUGAAUGGAGGACUAUUAAAGAAGAUAUGAAUGCAUUGUGUUCAACCACCACAAAAGAGUUCUUUGAAAUUAAUAU